AUGGCCGCGGCGGACCCUCGCCGGUGGCCGCUCCUCCUGCGCCUCGGCAUCGCCCUUGGCAUCCUGCUCGCGGCGGCUGAGGCUUGGACGGGGGAGAUCCGCGGCCGCGUCGUCUGCGACGUCUGCGGCGACGCCGCCAUCGGCCCGGAGGACCACGCCCUCGAAGGUGCCGAGGUUGCUGUCCUCUGCAUCACAAAAUCCGGUGAGGUUAUCAACUACCAAGCCUUCACAAACUCCAAGGGCAUGUAUACUGUUGCCGAGACUAUGCCAGAGAGCGACAGGUGGGACUCGUGCUUGGCAAGGCCUAUCAGCAGCUUCCAUCUGCAUUGCACACGGAGGGGUGAUGCUCACUCUGGGGUAAAGUUCACUUACAACAAACCGUCUGGGAACUCACACACUGUCAAGACUUUCCUCUACAAGCCGGUCACCGCCCCUCUGUAUUGUAGUUAA